AUGACCAUCACUGAUGAGGCUAGAGAAGCCCAGCGGCUAGCGCAGAAGGAACAGCAGCGACAGAAGCAGUUGCGCCGCAAGAAUUACCAUGACCUACAAGUACAGGGUACCAACAACUCGCUGAUCGUAUCCAAACGGCUGGUGGAGCAAUUAUACACCCCCCAUGUCGAACCCCAAUUGGGAGAAUGGUUCAAGUAUUUCGUCCCCAAGGCUAAGCGCCGGUCUCCCGCUAUCAACAGGGGUUACUGGAUCCGGAUGGAAGCGAUUAAACGUACUGUGGUUAACGUGCUCCGGCUGUACCCGGGGAAACGGGUGGCAGUGGUCAACUUAGGGUGUGGCUUCGACCCGUUGCCAUUUCAGCUCUUCAGCUUAGGCAUUGACGUUGAGUGCUACGAUAUCGACUACCCCGAUCUUAUUGCCAAUAAGCAAGCGAUGAUCGACGCGGCAGAGCCCGUCCAGCAGGUGAUUAAGGACCGCAAGUACCAUUUGGUCGGGUGCGAUAUGAACCACGCCGAUAGCUACGAAAAAGUAGUGAAACAGAUCGACGCCGACGUCGCCAUUUUUAUUGCUGAAGUGCUGUUAGCGUAUAUGAAGCCCGACGACGCUGACGCCGUCAUUGCUCUUCUGGCGACCCACCCUAACCCUCAUUUCGUCAUUCUCGAACAGAUGAUGCCCUUAGGUCCCGAUACCGUAUUUGCCAAAAAGAUGAUGCACCACUUUGACCAUCUCCGCCACCCGCUCCAGCUGAUUGAACGCUACCAUACUCGAGAUCUUCAACAACAACGGUUUAGCCGAUGGUUCUCGCUGGUGGAACUGAAAGAUCUUUAUGAGGUGUGGCGAGACUAUAUUGACGACGAAACCAAAGCUAAAGUGGCCGAGGUGGAGCCGUUUGACGAGUGGGAGGAGUUUAUCCUCUUUUGCCACCACUACCUUGUUACUCACGCGUGUAACGAUGGCCACCUUUACUUGGGUGAACGGCCGCCGGCGCCGGCGCCGCUUGCGCUCGAACACUGUCACUGGGAAAAACUGGACCCGCUCGAGCUUAAGUUCCCCGCCGCUUGCGCUUUGUCCCUGGGGGUGUUAGUGCACGGUGGUCUCGGCCAAACCCGCAGCGAUGCCACGUUAAUUGAUGGUAAACUUGUGGCCCCGUCUGAUCCUCAGCCGCUGGCGCGGAUGAACCACACGGUGGUGGCUCUUCCGGGGCUGGACAGGGCUUUGCUCAUCGGCGGUCGAGGUCGCCCCGGGCUCGAUUACGACGACGUGUGGUUGUUUGACAAUGGCGCCUGGCGCCAGUUGCCGGCGCUUCCGUUUUCGUUAAGUCGCCAUGCCGCCGCUGCCAUCAGCGCCUCUGAGGUUCUUGUGGUCAGCACCCACGGCAUUCAGGUUUACGACAUCAAUACGCACACCGCUAAUAUCAUCAACGGCGAUAUUUGUCUCGCCAGCGCCGGUAUCGCCGUUGAUAGCAGCGGGCAAUACGCCUACAUCGUCGGCGGCAUGAGCGACCGUCUCGCACCCACCACCUCCGACGCUAUCUACCGCGUCGACAUCGUCCUGGGGGCCGCCACCGUUAUCAGUCGCGACCCUCACUACGCCCGCAUCGGCGCCCUGGUCGCCUGCCACGGUGCCACAUUAGUAAUUGCCGGCGGCAUCAACCCGCUAGCCCUUACCGCCGACGUGCUUUACGUGGACGUUACAUCGCUAUCGGUGACGGCGACGUCGAUCCCGGGGCUGGUACUUAUCGGCCACCAUCUAGUUACCACCAAUGGCGCGAUGGCGAUCGUCGGCGGCGGCGCGGUGUGCUACUCGUUUGGCAACGUCUACAACCCUAGCUACACCAUGCCUCUAAGCCACUUGGCGUAG